AUGGACAUUAAUAAUUUGACCGCUAAAAUGAGCUUCGAAGAUUCCCCCAACCCACCUAAAAGUGCUAAGAGAGUGGAUUAUUUAAAAUGGGAAGACUAUUUUAUGGCGACUGCUGUACUAGCUGCACAUCGCAGCAAAGAUCCAAACUGCCAGGUCGGGGCAGUUAUUGUGAACACCGAUAAAAGAAUUGUUGGCAUCGGAUAUAAUGGAAUGCCUAAUGGAUGCUCCGACGAGGUGUUCGACUGGACUCAAACCAAUAAACAAUUAUAUGUUUGCCAUGCAGAAAUGAACGCUAUUCUGAACAAAAACGUGAUUGAUGUGAAGGGUUGCGAUCUAUACGUUACCCGGUAUCCAUGCAACGAGUGUGCGAAGGUGAUCAUCCAGUCCGGAAUCAAGAACAUUUAUUACAUCUAUAACAAACACCCAGACAAGCCCAUUUACAUCGCUUCUGGGAAAAUGCUUGAAGCUGCUGGUGUUAAAGUCAAUAAAUUUGUACCCGAGAAGAAUAUAAUCUCGCUUGAUUUGACGCCGCCCCAAAUGCGUUAUUAA